AUGCAGGAAGAUAGGGGUUGUAAAAAUGGCGUGCCCGACAUCUGUGAGGAGAACCUUCAGAUUUACCUCAAGAGCACCAAUGGCCCAAUCGAGGUGUACCUGUGCCCGGAGGAGGCGGUGGAGGAGAACAGCCCAACAAAGUACUUAACGCCCAAGAAGGAGGAAGGAGGGAGCGUGGCUUCCUCAGCGGUCAACCCCAGCCCCCCAGCCUCGGCCCAGGCAGAGCCUGACCCUCCCAAAAUCGUCUGCAAGCUGGAAAUCAAAGAGGAAGUUUCGGAGGACCUGAAGCCGGUUUUGCCGAGCUCCCUGUUGGACUGUGAAGACGGUGUCCUGGGUCUCCCCCACCACCUUCUCCAGCAGACCGAGGACCAGCUGCCGUCCACCUCCUACGCGGACGCCCCUUUUGUCAGCUUCUCGCCGCCCUUGGACAGGGAGGACUACCUGUGGAGUCUGGAGGACGGCGAGGGUGUCAGCGACCUUUUCGACUCCUACGACCUGGACGACCUGCUCCACAACUAGCCUGGUCCGUGUGUGUGUGUCCCCCUCGGCUGGAGUGGACACCAGCCCCCUAGCCCCCCCCCCCCCCCAACCUCAUCGCCCUGAAGGGUUCAUCUCCUCGCAGCGGACAAUGGAUUACUGGGUCGCAGCGACUGUCGAGGAAGGAAUUCACCCCCUCCCAUAGUUUACACUGUGGAUGCUUGAAGGAGCAGUCUGCAUGCAAGGCUGAAUGAAGUUGCCUCUUGGGUCUUGGUGCUGAUAUACGACGUUUUGAUCAGGUGCUGGAGAACUGAUCACCAUAUCUCUGGUGUCCGUACUGCAAACCCCAUUUGUACCUUCAGGUCGAGCUGUUGAGAGUAGGGUGUCUCACCUUCACUGGAAUUAUCCUAUUGUUCGGUGGUUCAAUGGUGCUUUUAUUGUUGCGUGUGUGUGAAGUGUUAAUUCUUUUUCACAGUAGAGUAUUGCCAAUUACUGCUCUACUGGACUGCUAAUUAACCCUCGAUUAAUUAGCAAGUGUACAGAAAUAGUCGGCCCAGCCCGAAUGCAAGGGGCGCCGUGUUUUGCCACCAUUUUCAAAGUCCACGCUCUUUCUUAUGAGCGAGCGAUGCCUGUUCCAGGCGAGUCCCAGGCAGCUCUCCCCCUCCUCUCCCACCCCACUCCUUGCCCGUCAUCGCUGGCUCCGUCAUCCCGGUCUGGUCUUCACGGGGCGAGCAGGGGCCGACAUCGUGGCUUCUAAAAAAAA